AUGGUUGCAUUCAAGAGAAAACCUGUAAUGGAUUCUGGUGGCCACACCAACCCAUUAGUUUGGUUAGCAGCUAUAAUCUGCACAAUUUUUGCUAUCGCUGUGAUUGUUACUGGCAUUAUGAUGUUCAUUGGUUACAUAAUGAUCCAUCCAAGAGUGCCUACAAUCAGCGUCACCAAUGCUCAUUUAGAUCUUCUAAGAAAUGAUUAUGCUGGUUUACUUCAAACUCAGUUAAGCAUUGUUGUGACUGCUUACAAUGGAAAUGCAAAAGCUCAUGCGAAAUUUUCUAAGAUGACAUUUAGUCUUAGCUUUCAAGGUCAAGGAAUUGCAGUGCUUGUUGCCGAUUCGUUUGAUGUGCCGAAGAACAGUUCGAAUGUUCUUCGAUAUGUUGUUCAGUCAUCAUCGAUACCGUUGACGCCGGAUCAAAUGGAGAAAGUUGACGAGUCUUGGAAAAGAAAUGAAAUUGGUUUUGAUUUUAAAGGUGCUGGUAGGACUAGGUGGAAGGUAGGGCCUUUUGGUUCUGUGAAAUAUUCUUGUCAUUUGAAUUGUUACCUUAAGUUUCGACCCUUGAAUGGUAGUUAUAUACCUUCCAAGUGUUCAUCCAAAUCAAAAUAA